AUGUCCUCCCCUCCGCCCACAUCCUCGACCUCAGGCGAAACGUCACUGUCCAAACUUCUCUCGACACUGACUGUAACGCUGCACCCCCCGACGUACGUGUUUCUGAACAUCCCGGUAUCGGACUUUGAAGGCACGAAUGCCGCGUCUCGGUUUCCGAUCCCUUUGGCUGAAAUUAUCCUGUUUUUCCGCGAACCCGGAGACGGCAUUACGGUGAUUGUGGAAUUGGCCGUUAUUGAGAGGUAUCAGCGGCAAGAUCAAGCUCAGAAAAGUGUCGAGAACGACUCUGUCCCCGACACUGUUGGCUCUAGGCUCAAAACGCUGUACCGGUACGACUAUCAGUAUCCCUGUCGCAUGAUCACGUGUGACGUGCAUUCGAGCCUUGCCGCCGUCGGGUUCAUGGCGACGUUGGCCACAAGGCUGGCUCGGCGUGGCAUCAGUGUGAAUCCCGUCAGUGGCUUCUUCCAUGACCAUCUGUUCGUACCGGCCGAGAAGGCCGAGGAGGCCGUGAGAGUGUUGGAGGAAGUGAGGGAAGAAGCGAGUCAGAAGAGUGGCUCGAACUAG